ACGGAACCAUUAUCCCGCUGGACAGUUUAAGGAUCAUGACGUGGUGAUUGGUCGCUAAACUACAUAUUGAAAACUAAAGUCCCCGGUAACAGUGUUGUGUUUAGAUCGCCGGACUUCUGUUGUACACAUUGAUGAGUUUUAGUUCAUGUGGAAUAAAAAGUUUAUUCGGUUGUUUUGACGGGAAUCAAACAGUUUGCUGCUGAAUUGUGUGCUUUUAAAUUAGAUCAGAGGGGCCGUGUGGUUGUAGUUGCUGUGACUGACUGACCAGAACGGAUCCGGCGACAGCAUGAAGCUCUUCAGCCUCAGCGUCAUCCACAAAGGAGCGACCAAAGCCAACCUCCUCAAAGCGGCCUUUGAACUCUCCUCCUUCAGCUUCUUUCAGCGCUCCAGUGUUCAGGAGUUCAUGACCUUCACCAGUGCCUUGAUUGUUGAGCGGACAUCACAAGGAAGCCGUGCCUCUGUGAAAGAACAAGAGUACCUGUGCCAUGUCUAUGUAAGAAACGAUAACCUGGGUGCUGUGGUCAUCGCAGAUAAUGAAUACCCACAGAGAGUCUGUUUCACAUUGCUAGACAAGGUAUUAGACGAAUUCUCCAGGCAAGUGGACAGUAUAGAUUGGCCCUCUGGUAAACCUGAAACCAUUAGCUACAAAGGCCUGGAUAUUUACUUGGCUAAAUACCAGAACCCCAGAGAAGCAGAUGCGAUGACCAAAGUGCAGGCAGAGCUGGAUGAGACAAAGAUCAUUUUGCACAACACCAUGGAAAGUCUCUUGGAGAGAGGAGAAAAACUGGAUGAUCUUGUGGCAAAAUCAGAGCACUUGGGUAACCAGUCCAAAGCCUUCUACAAGACUGCAAGGAAACAGAACUCAUGCUGUGAAAUCAUGUGAUGCCGCUGCCUUGUCCUCGUGGACACGCCUCUCUCUGCCUUUCCGCUUUUCCUACAACUCCCAUCACGCAUCUGUCACCAGCUCUCGACACGAAGGACAGAACAGUCUCUGUCUAAUCCAGGAUGGGGUGCCAGGAUAAGAGCAAGAAAAGGUGGAAGGAGUGAUGGGGCUUAGUCAGGGGAAGAAGUAACAUUUGCAUUAUUUUUAACCUUUCAAAGGGUAAACAUCUGUGCGGUUUUCAAUACCAGCUGGGGACAUGAUAGUGUGACGUUGUGUUUUGGUGAUGUAUUAUUGAAAUGUCUUCAGGCCAUUUAAUGUUAUUCAGAUUCGGUCAAAUCUUAAUAGUUUGAUUUCAAAGAGUAUUAACCACAGUUGUGCUUCUGCUUCAAGGCAACUCGGACAAUCUCACAGUCUUCAUAAAAUAUGUCGGUUCAAUUAUUGUGUUUUUCUUGCACAUGUAACCUCUGUUGCUCACUAGGUGGCCCUGCUCAUUAACUUUAUUCUUCCAGUGAGCCUCAACAUUGAGGCCAACCCAAAAACUCCAUUGUGAGCCAGGACAGCAAGUAGCUGCUUGGACAUGUGAUAUCAGAAUCUCACUGAAUUUUGCAGUGACUUUGAAACAUGUUUGCUAGACCAGAUUUACUUACAUGACUCCUUUGCUUUUCUUUGUCUUGUAGUGUUUAAUGAAAUCUUUAAACAUUCCCGCUUUAGGAUGAGUGUGUUAUUAAGUGAAAAUGCAUCUUAAAGCUGAUGAUUAACUGGGAGAACAGUCCUAUGUAAAUGUUAUGUUGUCUUAUGAAAAUGGUUCUCUUUAAAUUUUGUCUACUGUAGCCAUACUUUUCACUCUGAGAGCCAACAUGCUAAAAUGUGACCAUUUGGGUCUCUGAUGUCCAGGGCUCAUCUGGAUCUCUCAAACCUGGGAUGGCUGACAUUUUAUCAUCAUAUGUUUUGGCUGAGUUGAUUAUUCAUUUCUCAGCACCAUUUCUCAAGUUUCUCCUGAAAUGGAUGUAAUGUUUGAAAAGAGAACAGACACAACUGAUCUCAUAAGUUGAGCGAUUUCACUUCCCAGUCUUAUUUAAAGACCCUUCAGACUUUUUUUUUUUUUUUUUUUUUUUUAACUUUACUGUCAGCACUGUUUGCUUUGCAUUUAGGUAUGACUGGGUAGACAUUUCUUGACGGAACUGCUGAUCAGUUUAAGAUGAAGAGAUGCCUUCGGUUGUGUAUUUUAGACAUCUGCUCGCUUCUUGCUGUAUGUGUGUAUGAUUUGCUGAUAUACAACAUCUGCAGGCUGCAUUGAUGUUGAGUGCCUGUGUGUGCGGACUUUUGAGUGUUUGUGAUCUGAGCUACUCUUUCUGCUUUUACAUUGUAAACUUUUGUGCAAUAUCUCGACAGACAGUUGGUGUGUGUCUCUCUUUAAAGUAAGGUGAAUAAUUUCUGUUACUCACAAAAGACAGUAAAUUGGCCUUUGUAAAUGCUAUUCUCAUGACUAAUACCCAUAUUAAGUGUAUCCAGGAUUGUUUCUGAUAUUUGUUUUCUCUUCAAAAAUUCCAGUUAAAGUGCUGAAUUUGAUAAUCUGACAGAUCUGUGAAGUUCUGCUAUUUUCAGAUCGUGUUUUACAGACCAUUGUGUUAAACAGUCUGCAUUUAAACGUUUUAUCCAGAUGUGGUUUGCAAGCAAAACAACUAUCAUCAAUAAUAAACUGUUCUUUUCUGUC